UACGAAGUGAUUCAACGAGGUGUAACACCACUAGAGGGAGCGUUGUCACAGCUGAUCCAGAAAGCUUUUGAACUAAGGUCAAAACUCUGCUUAGCAGUGCAGGCAAACUUCAGGCUAGUGAUUACAUUUUAUGAGCAAUAGCUGCGUACUUUGGUGUAGAUUUGUUUCUUUCAUUUGUUCUUACAAACCCUGUGUGAGCUGGCCCAGGCAGGAUGGAUGUGGAUGCACAAAAAGAGCAAAUUUAUUCUUGUUGGCGGGUUGGCAGGGGCACGCAAGCGGGGAUGCCGGCAGGGCAGAGCUCGGUCCUUGCGAGCCAGAAAGGGAAGAAAGAAAAGAUCUCAAACCUGCUGCUUUUGCCUGUACAUAUCAAGGAUUUUCACCAGUGUACUUUUCUACUGUGCUCUGAUCCUUCCCUCAUCGGGGCAGGAAUCUCAAGGCUGGUCGAUAAGGUGCCCUCCCAGGCCUGUGUUAUCUAAAAGCAUGCAUUCUACCCAUCAAGCACACAAACCCAAACAACAAUUAGUGUGAUACGUGUGGUUUUUCAGUACCCCAGCUGCAAGUCACUGGAGCGCGUUUACAUUCCUCACGGAUCUUCCCUUGUACUCCCACAACCCCUCUGCUUUGUCUCCUUCAGACGAUUCUGCCGCGGUGCUUUGCAGCGGGGAGGCCCGGGUGGGAGAUGGGCAUUUUCCACGCUCAUUUCACAGAGAAUCCUGGCGGUCGGGUCACUCCCGUACCUAACGGGUUUGUUUUCAUGGGCAACUCCAGUGAAGUCUGGCAAGCAGCACGGGGGGUGCACAGUGCCCCUGGGAAGGGCCCCGGCACCUGUAAGGGGAAGGAAAGGUGCUGUGCUGGCACUGCACACCCCGCUGCGGCGGCGGGAGGCGUGCAGGGUGACUGCCCGGCCCCAGUGCGGGGGAAGGAGCUGGUUGUUAACAUCCCAGUGAACACUGUAAUCAUAUUUGAUACUGAACAAAGUAUUUAAUGGCCUAGAUAAAAGCAUUCUGGUUGUUUAAUUGGAAAUGGCUUGCUGUUUUACAUAGACCUAGUGCCCUAUUUUUAUGAGAUUUAGAAUUGUGCCGAGAAAUUGUUUCCAUGGAAGCAGAGAUCACUAAAGAAAUAAUGCACUCCACAUUUCCUACAGGAUUAUUCCUUUUACAGCCUGCUGUUCUAAAUAAUUAACUCUUGUAGUGCCAUUACUGCUUUGCAUGGAUUAAAGGAAAUAAUACUUUUAGUGCCAUAGAGGCAUUACAUAUGUCUUUUUAUAUAUAUAAAUGUAUAGGUAUUUGGAAAGAUACUUGUCUAUAAAAUAAAUCUGUUCUAUUUACAAAGGGGAAAAUCCACCAGUACAAAAAUGUCAAUGGAAAAGUGCACUUUUAUUUUGACAGCUUAUGCAGCUCUGUCAGGGAAACUUAAAAUUCUUCCUUCUUUGCCCUUUUCUUGCCACUGUUCUACACUUUUUGCCUGGAGAUGGGUAUAUUCUAAAACUGUCACCGUACUUCUGGCCACCUUUGAGGGAAGAGGCAAUGAAGGUAAUUUUUAACUAAGGUAACAACCCUGAGAAUCUUCCACCAGUAGGAAAUCUCGUUUAGUUACCUGUGGGUUUUCUUCCAUCUAUGACUUUUGACAAACCCCUUUUUCUCUGCUUCACUGUGUCUGUAAUGAUAAUAUGAGGCUGAGACCAAGCACAAAUGUCCGUAAACAUCACACAAGCAAAGGACUAUUUACUAAAAAGUCCUGUUACUGCCUGUCCCUAUGGUGCUUUCUAAGCCCAAGGGCAGUGCAGCUCUGCGCUGUACAGAAAUUGCCACUGACGCCGGUUGUGAGCUGUAAGUUUACAGCAGCUGAGGCUCUGUGUCUUCCCAAGAGAACCUACUCUCUCUGAAGCUCAUAAUGUGAAAUAAAGACAAGAUAGGAGUAGGUGACAGUUAAAUGGAUUUUGACUUUGAAGGAGGGAUGUGAAAUUUUUUUUAAAAGCAGAUUAUUACAGGCAAAGGACUUACUUAGAAAUUAAAAAUGGGAAGAGAGUUACUAAACUAUUAUCAAAGAAACAUCAAUAUGACAAUUUGAAAAACCUGGCAAUUUUAAGAAUUAUUUCAGCUGUAGAUCUCUAUUUUCUAAGAAAGCUAACUACUGUUAGUUUUAUCAGAAGGAAGGGGAAAUGGAGAGAGGUGUGAUAAUGUGCUAUAAAGGAGCCAGGAAUAAUUUGAAAUUAUCUCAUCUUUGCUCCUUCAAGUAACAUGUGUUUCUGCGGCUUAUUUAGAAACGGGUCUAGCUGCACAGUUCAACUCCAGACUGUGCCCUUCUCUAGUGGCAGAGGGGCUUUACAUCUGGAGCUCUAGUUUUGAACCUCCACCGUGUUACAAAUCCUCACUGGCAGCCAGUAACCCACCCUGCACUGAUCUGAAGCGGGGCCGGCCCUCAGGAAAACAGCCACACUGGUAAAGGAGCCGCCUGCAAGGCAGCGUGGACGGGAGGAGGGUGUGUACGCUCUUCUGUGGUCAUUACUGGUCCCAAAAUAAUGAUUCGUAAACUGACAGUGUUUGGUAAAUCAGAUGAAUGGGGCUCGCUUAAUGCAAACUGGAAAAUACCUUUCAGCUUCUGCCAAACCCCAUGGAAACGCUAACUCAUGCUUUGUAGAUCAUUAGGACACUUGGGAGCUACUGGAGUGUACUGCAAAAGGCAUUACUCAAAGCUCAGAUUGAAAAAUUUCUUCAGAAAUGGCUAACAACUUUGUAAAGGUAAAUGCAAGCAUGAAAAUCAUUCCUAGCACUGUCUUGGGAUGAGUAUAUGCCAAAGGAAAGUAGGGAGAGAGGCUUUCCAUGCUGGAAGUGAGACUGUGCUCCUGUGCCCUGGGAGGAGAGCAGCCGUCAAACUGAUCACCAGUCGUUCCUUCUGAAUUGGCAGCUACUCCAGGCAGCGUACAUAAAACUCCAAAAGGCUUUAUUUUAUAAAUAUAUGAAAGUAGAAAGGAGGAAGUCCCUAACUGAUAAGAAUCUAGACAGUGGAAUGACGCAGUAGCUGUGUGAUGGAAGAUGCAGGAAAAGCCAUGAUAGAAGUGGAAGAGUAAGAUUUCUUCCAACAGAAUUAGGAGAAAUUCCUUAAACAUGCACUUACAAAGUCCAUAAAAAGUCUAAAGAAGGAGGACAAGCUACCUGGGCUUUCAUCCAUAAGGGAAGCCCAAGGUCAGAGCGAUGCUUCCAGUUGGCUUUUGGCUCUUCCCUGGUGUUUGCUCAUAAGGCAUGGGGGAUGGCAGCAGCGGUGCCACUCCGAGGUAAGAGAAGCAGCUGCAGCUUGUUAACUUCUCUGGGAUUUGGGUUGGAGAUGCCAGCUGUUCUGGAAGGAGAACCUGUUUGGUGGGUCCGAUUUGAAUCUCGAUCAAGGGAACAGCACACCAGUGUGUAGAAACGAGUAGACAUCGUGAAUGGAUUAAAGCUUCAGAUACUGCCAGAUACCGGGGACUCGAACCACGCUUUUCAGCUGCAACAUGGAGCCUCUGCUUGGGGUUUUGCUGGGUUUGAUUCUGGCAGCAGCUUCAUCGGCCCCGAACAGCUGUACCUGUGCGACCAACAAGUGGGCGGCCUGUGCCCAGGACGGACCCGGGAACUGCACCUGCACGCUGGUAGGUUCAAAUCACAAGGUAGAUUGCUCAACGCUGACUUCAAAAUGUUUGCUGAUGAAGGUAGAAAUGAUCCCCCUGAAGGAGAAGUGCUUCUGGGGCCAUUCCUGUGGGCUGUUACAUAAUGAUGGCAUUUACAAUCCAGACUGGGAGGACAGUGGUAUCUUCAAAGCCAGGCAGUGCAGUCAAACCGAUACUUGCUGGUGUGUGAACAACGCCGGAGUACGAAGAACCGAAAAGCAUGACAGAAACCUGAGUUGUGGUGAGCUGGUUAGAACAAGCUGGAUCUACAUUGAACUGAAGCACAAAAGAAGCCCCAAUGCCUUUGAUGUUACCGACGUAGAAAAUGCCCUGAAACAUCUGUUUGAGAGCCAAUAUAAACUGCAACCCAAGUACAUCGCAGCCGUUAAGUACGAUUCCCCAUUUAUCCAAAUCCACCUGAACCAGAAUGAGAAACCUAGGUGUGUUGAUGUAGCCUAUUACUUUGAAAGGGAUAUAAAAGAUGACUCCAUAUUUCAUUCUAACAGUACAUUAACUGUCUCCGUCAAUGGAGAUGCUCUGGAUAUUGAAAAACUAUGGAUUUACUACGUUGAUGAAAAGCCACCAGAGUUUUGCAUGAGACAACUGGUUUCUGGCAUCAGUGCUGUGGUGACAGUGGUGAUGCUGACUGCUGGCUUUGGCAUCGCUGUGCUGGUCAUCCGGAGGUGGCUGUGGACAAGAAGGUACAAGAAAGUUGAGAUUAAAGAAAUGGGUGAAAUAAGAGCACCAAGUUUACAGCUGCCCUGAUCUGAAAAAAGAAAGGCAGCAACAUGAAGAAAACAAAAUGAAUAAAAAGCACAAAAUGCAAACAGCAGACAGAAUCAGCGCAUGUGGAUGAAUUUGGAGAGGUUUUUUUCCUUUCUACAGGAAUCUGUACAGUGGUUGUUCUAAAUUAUUCUAAUUUAGUAAGAAUUACUUUUUUGUUUUGGGUAUAAACUAAUUUAGGAGUCAGUUACCUAAAUAUUUUAAAUGAGCCCAAAUUUGGAGGUUAAGAAAACUUACAGCUGUCUGUUUAGCAUAACAUAGAAUGCUGUCACUAGUACUGGAGGCCUGGUUCUGCUUGCUUAAAUACUCUUUGAGUGGUUCUUGGUAAAGCUACUUACUGAAAUUCAAAUAUUUGCCUUGGCAUAAUUGGGUUAUAUAGCUGCUUUUCCGUUGGUAAAGACUUUUUCUAAAAUGUGAGUUGUUUGCCUUUUUUUGUUUGUUUGUUUGUUUAAGUUGCUGGAACUUUUUUUAUCAACAAGUAAUUUCAUAAGUAUUACUAAAUUACCAAGUAAGGUUUUGAUAAGAUAUUCUACAACACCAGAGGCUUUUAUAUAGAGUCAUUUGUUAGGAAACAUUCCUGCAGUCACUUCCAGGUGCAGAGAUCCCAAGUUUCUGAGUUUGUAUUCAGGCAGCACAGUGAGCUAUUCCCACGUGUGCUCUUUAACAAGGGUCUGACACUCCUCGUCAGCAAAUAUCCCUUGAUCCCAAUGCAAGUGUAAGUUAACCUUGGUGUUCCGCCCAAAUUCAAACUCUGGUAAUAGCUUUCUGUCUACCUAAAUUCCCCUUGCAAUUUUAAUAGGAGGAGAUAUUUUUCAGUGUUGUACAGCUUCACAGAAAUACUACACAAUGCUUCAGGACAAGCUGAGAAAGAGCUUUAUUCUAAAAGAGCUGCAGGGGGAAUUUAAGAGCAGAGUGUAAUUACUGAAGUUGGAAUUGGGCCAAGAUGCUAGAACUGGACUUCUCUGCUACCUACUCAUCUGCUGCAUUCCUUGUUUGGGAGGUCAUACCCACCAUGAAGGACAUUUUAAAGAAAAUAAUGCUGGUUGUUAAAUGUUGUUGGCAGUUACAUUCUCCGUACUGCAUAUGGGUGUCUGAGGUCCCAUCAGUCUAAUCUGCUUAUGUUCCAAAUGAGACUCUACACCUAGGCACCGCAGCAGGGUCAGCUCUUUUAUUCUGUUAAUUAGUUUCAAUGUUACUAGUUUGUAAUUAUAAUAACAAAUGUGCUACUUCUAGGGCAAACUAUUAAAUAUACAUCUCUGAUUCUACUGAAUGAACAGGAUACCAGGAAAAAGUGAAGAUGCUUUGAUUCCGUUUCUGCCUUUGUUUAUACAGAAGAGAUUUGCUGUUUGAGGGGUGGCGGGUAGAUGUUUGUUUUAUAUUUUUUGACUCAAUAAAAGCCAUUUCCAUUUAA